UAAAUAUCGCAAAACAUACUUGCUUUAAUAACAUCCAUUCUUUAGCAACUCUCUUUCCGAUCAAAAAUGGCAAGUCGAAACACAAAAAUUAUAUCCUAAGAAAUGUCACUAAAACGAGACUUGAGGAGCUCAUACCCACCUCCCCCACUCCCAAAACACCCACCCACCGAAGAUGACACCGACCCCAUCCGCACCACCACCUCCACCACUGCCCUGCGGAAGAAAGCAACCGGCACUAGGCCCUGGCUAGUGCUCGACUCAUCCGCCCAAACCCAUGUCAUGGAAGCCGGCAAGCACUCAAUCAUGCGCAAGACUGGCUUGCCUGCUCGUGACCUUCGCAUUCUUGAUCCUUUGCUAUCGUACCCAUCUACUGUUUUGGGUCGAGAGCGUGCGAUUGUGAUAAAUUUGGAGCAUAUUAAAGCUAUUAUUACGGCCCAGGAAGUGUUUUUGUUGAAUGCUAAGGAUCCUUCUGUGGCGCCGUUCGUCGAACACCUUGUGCGCCGGGUGAUGAGGCAUUGUCAGGCGGUGAAAUCGCAGGAAGGCGGGGUCAAUGCUGAUAAUACAGACUGGACCAAUUUGUAUGAUCUAGAAGACUCGCAAUCAAGGCCAGCUAGCCCUCCAAAAAUUUCCGGAAGCUUUCCGGACAAUGAGAAUGGCAGUAUGCAAGAUGGGAAACAAGCUCUUGAAAACCGAGAUGGACUAAAACUUCUUCCCUUUGAGUUUAUUGCAUUAGAGGCUUGCCUAGAAGCUGCCUGUAGUUGCUUAGAUAAUGAAGCAAGGACUUUGGAGCAAGAAGCUCAUCCGGCAUUGGAUAAGCUGACUUCAAAAAUCAGUACGCUUAAUUUGGAACGUGUCCGUCAAAUCAAAAGUCGAUUGGUUGCAAUAACAGGACGUGUUCAGAAGGUAAGGGAUGAACUAGAGCAGUUGCUAGAUGAUGAUGAGGAUAUGGCUGAGAUGUAUCUAACCGACAAAUUGUUGCAACAUCUUGAAAACUCAACAGUUUCCUCUAUAAAUGAGGAAGAAGGCAUUGAAGAUGAAGUUCUUCAGUCAGAAGUUGGUGACAAGAGCCCUGAUGAUAUCUAUGCUGAAGUUGAUCUUCAGCAUGCUGACAGCCAACGGAACCAUCUCUUUGGUGCAUCAAAUGCACUUGGCAGAGAGAGUCAUGGGACUCGUACCAGUACUACUCGCAGUGCUAUCAGUAAACACCUUGAUGUGGAGGAGCUGGAAAUGCUUUUGGAGGCGUAUUUUGUGCAGAUUGAUGGGACACUGAAUAAACUAUCCACGUUGAGGGAGUAUGUAGAUGACACAGAAGACUAUAUCAACAUCAUGUUGGAUGACAAACAGAAUCAUCUCUUGCAAAUGGGGGUGAUGUUAACCACGGCAACUCUGGUGGUGAGUGCCUUUGUGGUUGUCGCUGGUGUUUUUGGUAUGAAUAUCACCAUUGAUCUGUUUGAUCCGAAGAAGCAUGGUCUGAGAGAGUUUCUCUGGACUGUUUGUGGCAGUGCAACUGGUACCAUAUUCCUAUACGUGGCUGCAAUUGGCUGGUGCAAGCACAAACGGCUGCUGGAAUGACCUUAAAAUUACACUCGAUAAACCUUUUAUAACCUCAUGCAGUUUGUAUUCAUAUUUAUAAUGUUGUAGACAUGUAGCUAUCCAUGUACAUGAAAGUAAACACUAAAUAAGGAUGUGAAUCAGUCUUCAGAGGAUGCUUGUUCUCUUUUUAAAGAUUGUACAAAUGGAUGGCUAGCGAUGUUCCUUUCUGGGAAUAAAAAGCUUAUAUUUACAGGA